AGCGGAGCCGGCGUGCGGGGUGUGUAUGUGUUCGCUGGGCGCCGGCUCAGCCCCAGGAAGAUGGUGGCGGCGGCGGCGGCGGCGGCGGCUGAGGCGCGGCUGAGGGGGAACACAGCGGUGACAGUAGCGUCCGCGGGCAGGAAGGGCGGGCUGCACGGACUCUGCGCCGCGACGGGGGCCUGGAGGCCGGGGCCUCGCGCCGGGUUGUGUCUCCCGCGGGUACUGUCGCGGGCGCUGCCCCCGCCGCUGCUGCUGCCGCUGCUCUUUUCGCUACUGCUGCUGCCGCUGCCCCGGGAGGCCGAGGCCGCUGCGGUGGCGGCGGCGGUGUCAGGCUCGGCCGCGGCCGAGGCCAAGGAAUGUGACCGGCCGUGUGUCAACGGCGGCCGCUGCAACCCUGGCACCGGCCAGUGCGUCUGCCCCGCGGGCUGGGUGGGCGAGCAAUGCCAGCACUGCGGGGGCCGCUUCAGACUAACUGGAUCUUCUGGGUUUGUAACAGAUGGACCUGGGAAUUACAAAUAUAAAACAAAGUGCACAUGGCUCAUUGAAGGAAAGCCAAAUAGAAUAAUGAGACUUCGUUUCAAUCAUUUUGCUACAGAAUGUAGCUGGGACCAUUUAUAUGUUUAUGACGGAGACUCAAUUUACGCACCUCUCAUUGCUGCCUUUAGUGGCCUCAUUGUUCCUGAAAGAGAUGGCAAUGAGACGGCCCCAGAGGUCACUGUCACUUCAGGUUAUGCACUGCUGCAUUUUUUCAGUGAUGCUGCUUAUAAUCUGACUGGAUUUAAUAUCACUUACAAUUUUGACAUGUGUCCGAAUAAUUGCUCAGGCCGAGGAGAAUGUAAGAGCAGUAACAACAGCAGUACUGUUGAGUGUGAAUGCUCUGAAAACUGGAAAGGGGAAUCGUGCGACAUACCUCACUGUACAGACAAUUGUGGCUUUCCUCACCGAGGCGUCUGUAAUGCAAGUGACAUCAGAGGGUGCUCCUGCUCCCCCCACUGGCAGGGUCCUGGAUGUUCAAUUCCUGUGCCAGCUAACCAGUCUUUUUGGACUCGAGAGGAGUAUUCUGAUUUAAAGCUACCCAGAGCCUCUCAUAAAGCUGUGGUCAAUGGAAAUAUAAUGUGGAUUGUUGGUGGUUAUAUGUUCAACCAUUCAGAUUACAGCAUGGUUUUAGCGUAUGACCUGGCUUCUAGGGAAUGGCUUCCACUAAACCAUUCUGUGAACAGUGUGGUUGUGAGAUACGGUCAUUCUUUGGCAUUAUAUAAGGAUAAAAUCUACAUGUAUGGAGGAAAAAUUGAUUCAACAGGGAAUGUGACCAGUGAGUUGAGAGUACUUCAUAUUCAUAACGAGUCAUGGGUGUUGCUGACCCCCAAAGCAAAGGAGCAGUAUGCAGUAGUUGGACACUCAGCACACAUUGUGACCCUGGCAACUGGCCGUGUGGUCAUGUUGGUCGUCUUCGGCCAUUGCCCACUCUACGGAUAUAUAAGCAUUGUGCAGGAAUAUGACUUGGAAAAGAACACAUGGAGUAUAUUAAACACUCAGGGUGCUCUUGUGCAAGGGGGCUAUGGCCACAGCAGUGUUUAUGAUCACAGGACCAAGGCCCUGUAUGUUCACGGUGGCUACAAGGCUUUCAGCGCCAAUAAAUACCGGCUUGCAGAUGACCUCUAUAGAUAUGAUGUGGACACCCAGAUGUGGACCAUUCUUAAGGACAGCCGAUUUUUCCGUUACUUGCAUACAGCUGUGAUAGUGAGUGGAACCAUGCUGGUGUUUGGAGGGAACACGCACAACGACACAUCCAUGAGCCACGGGGCCAAGUGCUUCUCCUCGGACUUCAUGGCUUAUGACAUUGCUUGUGACCGAUGGUCAGUGCUCCCCAGACCUGAUCUCCACCAUGACGUCAAUAGAUUUGGCCAUUCAGCAGUCUUGCACAACAGUUCCAUGUAUGUGUUCGGUGGCUUCAACAGCCUCCUCCUCAGUGACGUCCUCGUCUUUACCUCGGAACAGUGUGAUGCACACCGCAGUGAGGCUGCUUGUGUGGCAGCAGGACCUGGCAUCCGGUGUCUGUGGGACACAGGGUCAUCUCGGUGUACCUCCUGGGAGUUGGCAACUGAAGAACAAGCAGAAAAGUUAAAAUCAGAAUGUUUUUCCAAAAGAACUCUUGACCAUGACAGAUGUGACCAGCACACGGAUUGUUACAGCUGCACGGCCAAUACCAAUGGCUGCCACUGGUGCAAUGAUCACUGUGUCCCCGUGAACCACAGCUGCACAGAAGGCCAGAUCUCCAUUUCCAAGUAUGACAGUUGCCCCAAGGACAACCCCAUGUACUACUGCAAUAAGAAAACCAGCUGCAGGAGCUGUGCCCUAGACCAGAACUGCCAGUGGGAGCCCCGGAAUCAGGAAUGCAUCGCCCUGCCCGAAAAUAUCUGUGGCGUUGGCUGGCAUUUGGUUGGAAACUCAUGUCUGAAAAUCACUACUGCUAAGGAAAAUUAUGACAAUGCUAAAUUGUCCUGUAGGACCCACAAUGCCUUUUUGGCUUCCCUUACAUCACAGAAGAAGGUGGAGUUUGUCCUUAAGCAGCUUCGAUUAAUGCAGUCAUCUCAGAGCAUGUCCAAGCUCACUCUGACUCCGUGGGUUGGUCUUCGGAAGAUCAAUGUGUCUUACUGGUGCUGGGAGGAUAUGUCUCCAUUUACAAAUAGUUUGCUGCAGUGGAUGCCAUCUGAGCCAAGUGAUGCUGGCUUCUGUGGGAUCUUGUCAGAGCCUAGUACUCGGGGACUGAAAGCUGCAACCUGCAUCAACCCACUCAACGGCAGUGUUUGUGAAAGGCCUGCGAACCACAGUGCCAAGCAGUGCCGGACACCGUGUGCCCUGCGGACAGCGUGUAGCGAGUGCACUAGCAGCAGCUCCGAGUGCAUGUGGUGCAGCAACAUGAAGCAGUGUGUAGACUCCAAUGCCUAUGUGGCCUCCUUCCCGUUUGGCCAGUGCAUGGAGUGGUACACGAUGAGCAGCUGCCCACCCGAAAAUUGCUCUGGCUACUGCACCUGCAGCCAUUGCUUGGAGCAGCCUGGCUGUGGCUGGUGUACUGAUCCUAGCAAUACUGGGAAAGGAAAGUGUAUUGAGGGCAGCUAUAAAGGACCUGUGAAGAUGCCUUCACAGGCCUCUACAGGGAGUGUGUAUCCACAGCCCCUUCUCAACUCCAGCAUGUGUCUAGAGGACAGCAGGUACAACUGGUCUUUCAUCCACUGUCCAGCUUGCCAGUGCAAUGGACACAGCAGGUGUGUUAACCAGAGCAUCUGUGAGAAGUGUGAGAACCUGACCACAGGCAAGCACUGCGAGACCUGCAUAUCUGGCUUCUAUGGAGACCCAACCAAUGGAGGCAAAUGUCAGCCAUGCAAGUGCAACGGGCAUGCAUCACUGUGCAACACCAACACCGGCAAGUGCUUCUGUACCACCAAGGGUGUCAAGGGAGAAGAGUGCCAGCUAUGUGAGGUAGAAAAUCGAUACCAGGGAAACCCUCUCAAAGGAACAUGUUAUUAUACCCUUCUCAUUGACUAUCAGUUCACUUUUAGCCUGUCCCAGGAAGACGACCGCUAUUACACAGCCAUCAACUUUGUGGCUACUCCUGAUGAACAAAACAGGGAUUUGGACAUGUUCAUCAAUGCCUCUAAAAACUUCAACCUCAACAUCACCUGGGCUACCAGCUUCUCAGCGGGAACCCAGGCUGGAGAAGAGAUGCCUGUUGUUUCCAAAACCAACAUUAAGGAGUACAAAGAUAGCUUCUCUAAUGAGAAAUUUGAUUUUCGCAACCAUCCAAACAUUACUUUCUUUGUUUAUGUCAGUAAUUUUACUUGGCCCAUCAAAAUUCAGAUUGCCUUCUCCCAGCACAGCAAUUUUAUGGACCUGGUACAGUUCUUCGUGACUUUCUUCAGCUGUUUCCUCUCCCUGCUUCUGGUGGCUGCAGUGGUUUGGAAGAUCAAGCAGAGCUGUUGGGCAUCCAGGCGGAGAGAGCAACUUCUUCGGGAGAUGCAGCAGAUGGCCAGCCGCCCCUUUGCUUCCGUAAAUGUUGCCUUGGAAACAGAUGAAGAGCCCCCUGAUCUUAUUGGGGGAAGUAUAAAGACUGUUCCCAAGCCCAUUGCCCUGGAGCCCUGCUUUGGCAACAAAGCUGCAGUCCUCUCUGUCUUCGUGAGGCUCCCUCGGGGACUGGGAGGAAUCCCUCCUCCUGGUCAGUCAGGUCUUGCUGUGGCCAGUGCCCUGGUGGACAUUUCUCAGCAGAUGCCGAUAGUAUACAAGGAGAAGUCAGGAGCAGUAAGAAACCGGAAGCAGCAGCCCCCUGCACAGCCUGGAACCUGCAUUUGAUACUGGGCCAGGGACUCUCCCUCACAGAGAGGCAUGCGGCCCACCAAGCCGUCUACAGGGGAGGGUGCAGACAGGAAGCAGGUGUGGGCAGAAGACUGGAAACCCUUGAAGCAGCCAACUCACGUGCAUGUUCAUACAAGCUGUUUUGACAGUUCAUCCCUUCUGUGUCCAGCAUCUAACCUUUUACUUUUGUGUAGGAGAUAAUUUAAUUACAAGUCCAGGAAUGAUCUGCUCUACUCAUGGGUGGAGGAGACUGGUGUAGAACCAGUGAGAGCUAAAAGUGAUGCUGAGGUCCCUUGUGCAAACUCCUCUUGGGAGUCUCAACUGCGAGAGUAAUGGCCUGUGUCAGCAGCUCUCCAGCGUGGUCUUUUCGACACUCCUCAGAUGAGCUGUUCACAUCUGAAGCUGCUGUCUUUUCACAAGAUGUACUUUUACUCUCUUCCAGGAAGUAGCUUUCUUUGAGCUGAGAACCAAUAACGGUCUGUCUCUUUGGAAGUCAUAUCAAUUAUAACUGACGGGGCCUUGUGUUGUUUUGUUUUGUGAAGACAGGGUCUCACUGUGUAGCCCCAGCUGGCCCGAACUCACUACGUAAAACAGGCUGGACUGAACUCACAAAGAUCCACCUGCCUCUGCCUCACGAGUGCUGGGAUAAAAAUCGUGCACCAUGAGGCCCAGCAAAGGGGGCUAUUUUAAACGUCAAGGUCAAUGGUGUUUAGAGUAUUAACAAAUGUAAUAGAUAAUUCUCUGUAGCAACUUGAUUCAUUUUAAUCCACUCUUUCUCUUGCUCUGUCUUACACACAUGCACACGUGCACAUACACACACACACUAAGUGCCUAGACUUUAAAUAGAUCUAGCAAUUGGGAAGUUAGUAACUUUUUACAUGAUUGCAUUCCUACAUCCUCGUGAAAUUUAAGUAGCUAUCAUUGCGUUUCAUUCUUUUUCUGAAGUCUAAUUUGCAGCCAAGAAAGAAUAAUUCUCAUCCCAAGAAACGUUUACUAGGGACUGCUGGCAAUAGGGACUGAGGGACCCACCCACCCAGCCUGAUUCUUGCUCAACCCUGUGGGUUCCUUCUGCCAAGGCACCACAGAAACGCAUUCGCUCCAGUCAUGCGCCUCUCCGAGCAGAAAAGAGCACUGAGUGUGGAAACCUGGCUGUCUACAGCUCCCACUGAGCCUGCGGGUCAUCCCCAGGCUGCACGGGGUAAACACUAGAAGAGGGAUGAUGCUGUGCAUUGGGGCGGCCUCUGCUCAGAACCUGGAAAGGGGCCUGGGUCCAUCUCCCCGGGUAGGGUUUGGUUGAGCCUCCUCCCAGACCCAGCUGGCAGUUGUGAGGAGGUAAAUGCUAAGGAGGAUGAAAAGCACAUGGGGAAAAUGGAAGUGAGAAGACCCUAUUCCAAACAAAAACGUAAACACAUUAAUAGAGGCGAAUGGUCCUCCUCUCUGCACCACAGGACUGUGUCUGGACAUUGUAUUUCCCCACUUAUGGUGCUCAGUAUUCUGGCAUUAUGCAGCAGCCUCACACCUUUCCUCUCCUGCUUCAUGUCCUUCUGCUGUCACCUGACUAGAAUAGCCCUCUAAGCCACAAUGCUCAGAUUAUGAGUUUGGAGAAGCUAACACUCAGAAGAACAAAACCUGCAGCGUUUCACCCUUAAAUGCAGUGCCGAGAGAGGAAACCUUUCUCUAAGCCCCACCCUAACACCGUCCCCACCAAGACACUCCUGGAGUGAUGUUUCCACACUGAACCUUAAACACUGCUGUGGGACUCACUUGUCAAAACACUGCUUUUCCACACCAUUAUUUAAGGGCAGAAAGGUCUGGAAAAGAUCCCAACCUUGUCCCCUGUGCAUUUAGGGGCUCCCCUACCAAAACCCAGCACCUGUAAGUAUCUGCAGUGGUCUAGCCUUCAUCUCCAUAACUGCCCAGGGAAUCUUGGCCAAAAGAAAGAAAGAGGGAAGUCCUACUAGGGUUGGUCCUUCUACAAGGAAACUCCCCCUGCUUUGCUCAAGGACCAAACUUUUUUGGCCAAAGAAGUUGCUUCUAUGUUAGUCCCAUACCUUAACAUAAUGCGUACUGUGGCUCCCACCUACCUGCGUAUGGUUUUUCCCUUAGACAUACUGUUUAUUCUUUGGAAAGGAAGAAGCAAAUGGCGUUUAAUUCUGCUCCAGAAAUGGAGAAGCAGCCAACUUAACCUGCAUACCCUUUACAGCCCUUUAAGCUGCCUUCAGGCUUAAAGCAGAGGGGAAUGGCAGGGAAGAAGAGCUCAGCUCAGAGCCAGGUACCAAGAGGGAGUAGGGUUGUGACCCUGUAACUGUCCCGAGAGAGCAUGUAUAUAAACUGGUCAUAAAGAUGCUCACCUUGCACUUGUACAUAGCUAUACAGUAGUGUCCAGAAUGUUCAGACAUUCAGGGUGUACAUAAACAGAAAAGUAUCAUAAUGUAUUUUUAUUAAACAUUAACAUCUGAGUUUCACCUUAUCUGUUUCUGUGCCAUAUACUGGGUAUCCAAGCUCUGGGAAACCAUCUUACCAGGCCCUGAUCCAUUGAUAAGGCCACACACUGUACCAGUAUGCUUGUGUUCAGUAGCCUUGUGCCCAUUAGGUAACUCUAAACAAUGAUUCAGCUCUCAGAAUACCUAGGAAGAGAGCAAGCAUGGUGACUCACAGCUGUGAUCCUAGCAUUCAGAAGAUAGAGUCAGGAAGAUUAAAAAUGGGGACUACAAAGAGCACUGGCUGCUCUGGCAGAGGACACUGGUUCAGUUCCUAACACCUACAUGGUGGCUCACAACCAUCUGUGACUCCAAUUCCAGAUGACCCUCUUCUGGCCUCCUUGGGUGCUUGUGGUAGUCCACCUGUGGUGCACAGCAAACAUGCAGGCAAAACACCCAAUACACAUAAAACAAAAACAAAGAAUUCAAGAAUAGCCUGGGCUACAUAGCAAGAGUCUGUCUCAAACCAACCCAUGAAGAGCCAGGCAGUGAGUGUUUACAUGGUAGUACAUAAAAGAACUCAGGAAGCAAGCGUGUUCAUCACUUGUUAAAUUCAAAUGCUCCUUGUGACUUCUGGCAUCUCUGUGGGGUGACCAGUCUGGUCCUAAGGUGUUCUGUUACUCUUCAAAUUCAAAGACUGUCACCUGUGAACGUCAGAUUAUGCAAAGGGGCUCUCUAGGCUGCAUUGUCGUGGCUUCGUCUAAAAUUUUAAUGAAAUUUCUGAGAACCAUGUUCUUUUUAUACUAAAAACUGGGGAUGGGAGGGUUCAUUUGUUGAUAAAUAGCACCAUUUUCCCACACCUCAGCCUCCUGUCCCAGUCCUGGUCUUCUGUACACAGUCUGGAGAGGGAUCUGAAAGGUCCAAGGAGGUGUGGCAAGGAAAAAAAAAAAACAAACCAUUGCCCCCUGAGCAAACCUGGAAGAAAACUGUCAGCAAAGAGAAAAUACCAGAAUAUCUGGAAGGCUUGAAGUGUAAGAUGGGACCUCAUUAGGGAAUUGGAUGACAAGAGCAGAGCACUGUGGGUAGGAAAUGCUGCGGCCUGCCAGUGCCCGUUCUCCUUCGACACAGUGGAGUGUGCAGGGUGAGGGAGUGACUCGUCUCCUUGGGGGAUGGUGCUGUUUUUAUGAACAACUUUGAUCCCUGGUGUCCUUUAAUUGAUCAGUUCAACAAAUAUUUACUAAACACUUCUAAGCUAAGCUAACAUUAGGGCAGUGACUUCAAUGAAAACACAGCUCUUCAGACACAGCUGUCAUCGCAGGAGAGCUUCCUGGGAGCAGAACCAAGAAGCCAAAAGGUUCUUUCUGGCUCCCUGAGGAAAUCUGAAAUGUUGAUCCUGGUCACUGCCUCCCCCCAGCACAGCUUUGGAAUGGUCAGCAUGGCCUCUGGCUGAGCAGAGCCUCUGGAGCUCCACACCCUGCCCACAGGGAGCCCUGGGUGCAGAGAAAAACUGGCACCUUAUCUUCUGAAGGCAAUAACGGAAGCUACGCUCAGAACUUGACUCUGCACAAAACACUAGGGAAGCCUGCUGAACUAAUUCUGCCUCUGGAAAUGUUUUCUGGUUAUUUACAGUUCAUUGUUUUGUUUGUUUUGAUCCAAGCUUAGUUUGUUAAUCUGUGUAAUUUAGCAUCUGUUGCACUCGUGUAAAUAUGGAGUAAGUAUUGUAAACUAUUUAAUUGCUGGGGUUGUUGGUGUUAUACAUACAUUUAGGACUGCAAUUUUUGGUAUUUUUUGUAUUGUAAAAUAACAGCUAAUUUAAUCAGGAACAAGAGAAUUAAGGGGUCUGCAUUUUAAAUGCAAAUGUGAAGCACUUGUAUAUAAAUAAAAGUAAAUACAGUAAUACAAAAUUCCUUCUGAAAUAAAAGUAGAUCUGGUAAAAA